UUAAAAUUGUUUUGUUUUGACAGCUACCGCCAAUUUACAAAUUCGUAGGAAAAAGAACAAUCUGUGAUGUCAACAGAAUUUAAGCUAUAAAUUUGUUGUAUUUAUUAUAACUAAAUUUGCCUAUAGUUAAUUUUUCGUACACCUUUACAUGAGAUAUGGAGUCGCCGAAACCAGACUUAGUUGCUAUAUAUCGGUUGGAGUUUUAUAAGAAGAAGAAAAACUGGAAACUAUCGGACGCAAAGAAAUAUAAACGCGAUAAAAUCUCAAACCUCAAGAAGCUUUUGAACCAGACUUAUGAUGUAGAGGAACCUAAAGUUGAAUUUUCUCAGCUAAAUAAUGCAUUUCUAGAUACAGAAUCAGAUAGCAAUGUUUCUAAAAAGCAAUUAGCAAGCAAAUCUAAGGACAUUGAAGUUAGCAAUUAUAUCUCCAAUUCAGCUACAGAUAUUCAAGAAAAUAAGCAAAUAAAAGAUAAUACAGUUGAAUUGCUAGAGUUACCAGAAGUAUCUGUUGAUGGUCGUAUGGAAGUUGUUCAGAACUACUUGGAUCCACAAACAGAAGAUGUACAAAACUAUUCAAAUAACUACAGAUAUCUUGAUGAUGACAAAUAUUGGCAGGAUCAUAAUGGUAAUUGGAGAAUUGUGCCUGAAUUUGACCAGUAUUAUCCAAACGAUCCCACACAGGUAAAUGGAUUGGAGUGUGGAGACAAUGCUGCUAAUACACUCGACUGGAGACAGACUGAUGAUCCCUUUUGGGUACCCGCUGAUGAUCUACGCUGGCUCUCUAAUAAUGUAUAUUCGUACGGCGGAGUGGAGACGGACUGCGAUUUGCCAACGAGUAACAACUCAGUGGACAGCUGGGGCGAGUUCGUGCGCGGCGCAGACGUCGCCCCGCACUCCUCGGAGAUAGAGCUCACGCUGCCCAAAUCGUUAAGUGAGGCGGAUGUGAGCGCUAACUCCCUGGCCUGCCUGUCCUCUGCGCAGCUGCGCGCGGCGGUGCAGGCGCACACCAACCUACUGCGCAGUCUGCUCAUUGAGGAGAAUCAGCGAAGACGUAUUCGUUCAUGUCUCUCUUUAACCAAUCCGACGUUAUAUGGAGGGGAUGUUAUAUUCUCUCCGAGGGCUGUGACCGAAGCGAGCAGUUACGAUGAACAGCCGACACAUGACUACGAUGCGUCGUGUCAUCGCGAAUUAACCAGAGAAAAAACAUUCAUAAAAACUUUCGAUGAUAUAUUUCUAGCCGGUUCAUAUAAAAAUGAAACCCAAGAUUUAGGUAGAGGUCGAGGAAGGUUACAAAAUCUAAGAAAUGAUGUUGGAAAUACGCAAAGAGCUAUUGGUGUUGGGAGAGGACGGCCGUGUAAAUUUUAAAAACUUAAGUAAAAUGAGAGAAAAAAAAA